CAAGUUCUCUCUCUCUUCUGGUUCAGAGUUCGGCCAUGGGUUUCCCUGCGAGCUAUACGGAGCUUCUGCUUCCGAAGCUCUUCAUCCACGUACUCUCCUUGCUCGGCCUCCUCCGGAAGCUAAUUUCCGUCCUCUUCCGCCUUCUAGGGCUCCAAGAUUUCCUCGAACCGGACAUUCCAUGGCCUAAUCAGGCGGAUUUCUUCCCGACGGGGCCGUCGUCAGACCUCGAUCCAGUCUCCGCCGCCGUCCUGCGCGAGAUUCUGCCGGUGGUGAAGUUCUCGGAGCUUUUGGAGCCGCCGGAGAGCUGCGCCGUGUGCCUGUACGAGUUCGAGGCGGACGACGAGAUCCGGCGCCUGGCGAACUGCCGCCACAUAUUCCACCGCGGAUGCCUCGAUCGGUGGAUCGGAUACGGCCAGAGGACGUGCCCGCUCUGCCGGACGGUGUUUAUUCCGGCCGAUUUGCGGAGCGGUGGUUGUAGCGAUAGCGACGAGAGGAUUUGGGAGGAGGAUUCGGAAAUCUUUGAACUACUACUCCACCACGGCGAUUCUUCUUCUUCUUCUUCGUCUCUUCUCACCGCUGGUUCGUAGCUCUCAGAGAUUUGAUUUUUCUUUUGUUGAUUUUGCUGCUUGGAAUCUAUAUAUCGGAAACAAGAAAUAAAGAAAGAAACGAAAAACAAAUGAAAAAAAAAAAGAAAGAGGCAGGGGAAAGGGGGAUGAAUUGAUUGAGUGUGGUGAAUGAGAAAUGUUUGCUGUUCUUCUGUACAUACGGAAAAAAAAAAGUUCCUAAAAGGAACUGGAAAAUCAAAUCAAAUCAAAUGAAUUACAGGUCUCAGAAUUAGAUCAUUUUCUUGUAAAUUUCCAUUUCCCCUCUCUGUCACUCUAACAUUAUUACAGAACAAUCAAUACAGUAAAUGGAUUAUUUUGGAAA